UGUAAUCGCACUGUGCCCAGUGUUGCUGUUAGUUGAAGCUUCGUAAGUGAAAUUGAAUAAUACACACCGAAAAUACUAUCAACUGUCGUGUCUACGUGACCUCUUUUCGAAUAUGCGGCUUCAACUACACUUCGAUUUGUUUUCGGCUAUUUUGUUGCAAGCCCAGCGCAUCUCAUUCAAUUUAAGUCGGCCAUUUUAGUGAUAAUGUUUCCUAUUAUUACGAAAGUGUAAUCGCGUGUUUUCUAACUCAAUUAAUGAACAAGAAACGUUAAUUUAUUGUGUUAUAAUAAAUUAAGUGACAAUAAGGAUUACAGUGUCGGACAAAAUGGUGUAAUAGGUUGAAAUCGUGUUUAAGAUUUUGUUGUUGAUUUUGUGUAUGGUGAUUUGAUAAAAAGACAAUGUCUUCGCUCGGCGAUGACGCUGCUGGAUCCUCAGGGGGCAUGGCCAUACAGGUUUUUCGCCCCACGUGGGAAGAAUUCAAGGAUUUUAACAAAUAUGUACAGUAUAUGGAGUCAAAAGGUGCACACAAGGCUGGACUCGCAAAAGUGAUCCCGCCGCCUGAAUGGGUCCCAAGGAAGGCUGGAUACGACCUGGACCAGCUGAACGUGACGAUCCCCUCGCCAAUAUGUCAGGUAGUCACUGGCAAACAAGGUUUGUUUCAACAAAUUAAUAUCCAAAAGAAGUCAAUGACUGUAAAACAGUUCGCGGUGCUUGCAAACUCGGCAAAAUACUGUACGCCGCGGCACACUAGUUUCGAUGAUUUGGAAAGGAAGUAUUGGAAGAAUGUGACAUAUGUGGCGCCUAUAUACGGGGCAGAUGUGAAUGGCAGUAUCACAGAUCCUGAUGUUAAGGAGUGGAAUAUAAAUAAUUUAGGAACAAUUUUAGACUUUGUCAACUCUGACUAUGGUAUUGAAAUAGAUGGAGUCAACACAGCAUAUUUGUAUUUUGGAAUGUGGAAGACCACAUUUGCAUGGCACACUGAAGAUAUGGAUCUAUAUUCAAUAAACUAUCUACACUUUGGAGAUCCUAAAACUUGGUAUGCGAUUCCACCGGAACAUGGUAAACGGUUUGAGAGGAUUGCUGCAGGAUUCUUUCCAACAUCGGCAAAAACCUGUCAAGCAUUUCUACGCCACAAAAUGACAUUGAUAUCGCCACAAAUUCUAAAACAGUAUUCAGUUCCCAUUAAUAAAAUAACACAAGAGGCUGGGGAGAUUAUGAUAACAUUCCCAUAUGGAUACCAUGCUGGUUUUAAUCAUGGGUUUAACUGUGCAGAGUCUACUAACUUUGCUGCACCACGAUGGGUAGAAUAUGGGAAACGAGCAACCCAGUGCACUUGCAGUAAUGAUAUGGUAAAAAUAUCCAUGGAUACUUUUGUUAAGCGAUUUCAGCCUGAUCGUUACGAACUCUGGUUAAAGGGCCAAGAUAUAGGGUGUCACCCAGAACAGCCAGAGAAAAUGGUUCCAGCACCACAUCCCUCUGGCCAGGAUAUUCUGUGUAAUAAGAACAACACAGAAUUGCCUGAAUCCUUUAUCAUAGCUGAAGAAGAGGGAAGUAAAAAGAAGAAACGCCACCCUCUGCAUUUGAAACGAGCGAUGGCUAGUAAGAGCAUCUCAGAAGGAGCAAUAGCUGUUUCUAUACUUGGCCAUGAUGUCAUGGAUGAUGAUGAAAUGACAAUGGCUGAAGGCGAUUUAGACAUGAUGACAUCUAUGAAAAGACCAAAUAUGCCCAUGGAACCUGAUGAUACCCAAUUAGAUGUUCUAGAGGAUAUUUGGCUGAAAGGUGAUGAAAUGGAGCCAUCAGAAGCUCAGCUACCUGAUGUUGGGUACAUGGAUUCUGAUAAAGACUCUGAUUAUGAGGCUCCAAAUACAAAGAAGAGUUCUAAGAUUAGGAAAAAGAGAAAAGAGAGUGUUAAAAAGGAGAAGAUAAAGAAAGAAGAUGACACAGAAAUAAAAAAUGAAAUAGAAGAUGGUGGAUCUAAGAAAAAGGUCAGUGCUAAACCAAAGGGCCGUAAAAUAAGGGCUAAGAAGUUUUCUGAAAAGGAUAUAGAAAGUAUGGCAGCUGUUGUGUCUAACUGGGAGUCACCACCUCAUGUUGAGGAAUGCAGCCCUAAGCCAGACGAGAAACCGGAUUUUACUGAUCCACUAUGUACUGCAACUAUUAUUCCACCUUUGGAAAAACCACAAGUAGAGACUAACCUGCCAGAAGUCAAGAAGGAAAGAAAGAAACGGAAACUAAAGGAUGAGAGUGAGAAAAAAGAUAAACCUAAAAAGGAAAAAAUGCCAAAAGAGCCCAAAGCAAAGAAGGAUAGCGAAGAUGGCAAACAAGAGAAGAAACCACGAAAGCCUCGUGCACCCAAGAAAGUGAACAACUUUGAGUACAAUUCUCCACUACAACCAGUUAUGGGGAGUCUGUACAAUUCCUAUACUGGCACACAACCUGAACUCUUCCAAACGCACCCAUCCGAUACCUCUAAGUUAGGCAAAGCUAAACCGGUACCUAUACUUAAACCAAAAGCUCCGAGCACAGCUAUAUCUUCAACAAAUCCACGAAUCAUCACACAUGCCUCCAAACCGGUUAUUUCACCAUCCAAACCAGUUAUUUCACCCUCCAAACCACAUUAUUCCUUAUCAGGAUUGAAGUCUCAAUCGCCCGCAAAAACUUCAGAGAAGCCCUACUCUGGUCUGCUUCUGGACGCGAAUUUGCGUGUACCCACCAUUGUACCGCCAAUAAAUAAAGACCCUAACGCCUUUCAAGGUGAAUUCCGUAAAUUUAUGGACACUAAACAGAGAACAGAGUCAGCCAUUAUAAACGCCAAGCAGUACAGCCAGCCAAGAAGCGAUCGACUAAAGACUGAUCGUUCGAAGAACGAUAGAGUUAUGGUAGAACCGGUAGAACCAACCCCACCGCCCACUACAUCGAGGACGCAAGACUGGCCCAUGCCUGUUGGGCAAUACAACGAUGCGAUAUUCGUCAACAACUCUCCCUUAGACUUUAGCAGUUACACACAAAGCAAUGAGCGAGGGCACACUCAGGUACACUCCAACGACAGAGAGUGGAGAAGCAACCAGCCGAACUACCGGCAACCUUACCAGAACGCUCCAAUGUUUGGUACGCCGAAUAUGGACUACUAUAGGAACCAAUUUCAACCACCAUGGUAUGGUUACCAGAAAGCAUGCCUCAACGUGCUGACGAAGCAGGAGGCGUCGCCGAGCGUGGAGAAAGAAGAGGUGAAGGUGGAAGUGGAACGGUUCAUCGACCUCGCCAGGCAGAUGGAGGCGUUCUUCUUGCAAAAGAGAUUCCUGCUAUCAGCCAUGAAGCCUGAACUCCUCGUCAAGGAGGACAACAAUGAGUUGAAAUGCGAGCUCCAGCGUAAAGAAGAGUUACUCAGGCGGCACUACGACAAGAUCAGCCAGUGGCAGAAUUUGUUAGCUGACCUGCAGGGACAUACAGUAUACAAUAAAUGCCAACAGCAGAGCGCGCAGCCCGGCAUCCAGCAGGCCCCGUCGCCGCGGCAGCAACCUCCCAACGUGCAGCAGACAGUUCAGGCGCAACAAAUGGCCGCCGCGGCCGCCGCGCAACAAGCAGCGUUGCAGCAACAGGCAGCGUUGCAGCAACAGCAGGUACAGCGGCCCCCGCACCCGCCCGCCUACCCCGCCAGCGUGCCCAGGCGGUAGGGGUGGCGGUAGUAGGCUUUGGGUAGUACAUAUCCGGCUCGAAGGACCAUGGGAUUGUCAAUAAUCUGCGAAUUGUCAAUAUGAUUGGAAUCUUAUUAUGAGCGUUCCAAAUCUGUCAGUUUUACAGGUGUAAUCGAGCGACCUAGCAAAUUGGCAAGGAAAGCAUAGACAAAAUAGAUACCAUUUUUAAAGGAUCCUCGUACACGAAUAUGACUUUUUGUUUUUUAACUACGUGACGUAGUAUUUUUUGCAAAAAGUGUUCCCUGUCUACACAGUAACUAAAUUUCAGAUUGUUUUAUCAAUUUAGUCGAAUGGCGAGUAGUUUAGUUAGUAUAGAUUAUAAUCGACUAAAAUGUCUUACUUUACUUACUUACUUACUACUCAUAAAUGUUUAGUUACUAAAUUCUUACAACUCAACUAAAUUACCGAAAGAGUUGGGUUUAAAAAAAAAAAAGAUUUCUUAAUCUCUAAAUAUCUUUAUUUAGAGAUUGACAAUUGAAAUUACAAUACUAAGAUUAAUUGACGUACAGACAGAUAGGCAGACACUAUGCUAAUAUUGGAUUCUUUUCUCUAGUUAGCUACUAAAUUUCGAAAUUCUAAAAAUUUAUGUUUUUUUUUUCUGAAAUGUAAAAUAAUCACUUAGUAACGUCGAAUUCUAGCUUCUAGGCGACAAAUACAAAUAAUGAAGUCUGUUCUGAGGCGUUAUUUCACUAACUCUUCCCGUAAAUUAAAAUUUCUAUUUGAUAUUACACCGAAUGCCUUUAUUCUAACAAUCGUUAUGAGCUGCAUUUCUAAUAGAUUUGAAAAAAGAAAUAAAAAAGAGAGAAAGAAAGAAAUAUUUUUAAGUAAACUUUGAUUUAAGUAUUUUUGAAUAGUCAUUUUAUUCAUUACCGCCCAUUCGGAACGCAGUUUUAGCCAAGAAGACCGGGCAAAAAACUCGACUGUUGCUUUUUUCAAAUAGUUUAAUUUUAUAAAUAAUGAUUUGUGUGAAUACAAACAUAUUAAACAGUAGGUAUUAGAUUAUAAAAUGUAAAAUAUGUUGAAUUAAUAACUAAAAAUUAUUUUACAUUCAUGAUAUAAUUUUAUCAUUCAAUUUCAUUCAAUCAUCCAUUAAAUAGAAAUUUCAAGAAACUAUCAAAUUAAAGUAAUAGGUUUACGAGAUAGGUUUAAAGAAAUGGCGCGUUAGGACGCCAUUAUGUUUGAAUUUGAUUCAAAAUUGAAAUGGUCACAAGCAUAAUUACAGUAUAGAAAAAAUAUUACUACAUAAGUAAGAUGGACGAUUUACAACAUACACUUUGUAUGACGUAUUUACAAAGUACGUCUCACUACUAUGUUGAAGAAAAAAAAACUAUCUGUCACAUUUUGGCGGGAAUAAUAAUAAAAAUAACAGAUUACAUUAACAUUUCCUUUGUCUUGUACAGAGUAGCGUUAUUUUACCGCGGAAACACGCGUAGACAGAUUUGACUUUUUUUUUUAGGUUAGAUCAACCUAUUUGUGUGUUUUUUUCUAUAAUUGCAUAAUAAUAAGCAGGUAUUCAAUUUAUGAUUAUUUCAAAGCUUAAUGAAUUAAAAAAAGUUUAUUAUUGUAUCUAAUCACGUGAUAUCAAUUUACAGUAAAUUAACGCAUGCGAAAUGGAGGCAUAUUGAGGUAGAUUCAGACGCGCCAUUUUUUCAAUUUACCUCUUAAUCUAAUAUUUUGAUAAUUUCGGGAAAUUACUUAUUUUAUUAGCUAUCAUAAACUAAAAUUACAAUAAUUUUCAUCUGAAUCUAUUAGAAAAUUAGUUCGUAUUGGUCAUUACAAUAAAGAAUUCGCUGUAAUGUCAAAUUACAACAAGGACAUCUCUUGCCCGCCGAAUGAUGCGUGGGCGGGCGAGGUAGGGGCCUCGGGGUAUACCCCACUACCCCGGCUUCAACUCCGGAGGCGACGACCUCCCGGUCGCUGGGUUUUUCAGCCGGCAUACACUGGUGGUCUGUGUAUGCCGGCGUCAAAUUGAAAUUUUUAUUACAUAUAGAAAUAAGUUUAGAGAGAUGGCGCCUCGGAAUUAAUUUUAUUUCAUUCAUUUUGUAAGUUUAAGUUACAAUUAAAAUUUAUAUGUUUCUUUUUUAAUUUGUGUUCAUUGUAAAAUGUUGUAAAUAUAUUUUUAUUUUACAUUA